AGGGAGGGAAAAAAAGAAAAGAAAAAAAAAAAAGAGCUGCCUCUUUAAAUGCUGGGGGCUGAGCCCUCGCCGGGGCGUCCGCAGCCGGAUCCAGCCUCCCUCCCCUUGGCCGUUCCUCCCCGGCGCUUGUUGCUCGGAGCCGGCAGCGCGGCGCACGGGCGCUGCUGCUGCGCGGAGCGCGGAGCCGCGCCGGGGCCAUGAUCCAGCCGCGCUACGCGCCCACCCCCCGCUCGCCCUGAGCCGCUCCCGCCGCCGCGCAGCGUUCCCCGCCGGCGGGCAUGGGGAACCAGGUGGAAAAGCUGACCCAUCUGAACUACAAGGAAGUUCCCACGGCCGACCCGACAGGUAUGGACAGAGAUGAUGGGCCCAGGAUCGGGGUCUCCUACAUCUUUUCGAAUGAUGAUGAUGAGCUGGAGCAGCAGCAGGAUUCAGUGCAUGACCUGGGGGGUGAGCACCCUGCCCUGCAGCCCUACGAUCCCCAGCUUCAUGAAGUGGAGUGCUCAGUUUAUUACCGGGAUGAGUGUAUUUACCAGAAGAGCUUUUCUGAGGAAGACACGCUGCCAGAGGAGGGUGAUGAAGGAGGUGGGGGGCAUCUGAGCACCUACACCCCGGAGAACUUGCUGAAUAGGUGCAAACCAGGUGACCUAGUGGAGUUUGUGUGCCAGGCCCAGUAUCCACACUGGGUGGUCUAUGUUGGGGAUUUUCAAGUUGUGCACCUGCAUAGGCUGGAGGUGGUGAACAGCUUCCUCACUGAUGCCAGCCAGGGCAGACGGGGCCGCAUUGCCAACCAGCUGUACCGCUACAAACCCCUCAGCCCGGCCGUGGUGGUGCGCAACGCCCUGGAGCAGGUGGGUUGCAAGGACCGGGACUUGAGCUGGAGAAACUCGGAGUGUUUCGCUGCCUGGUGCCGGUACGGCAAGCGGGAGUUUAAAAUUGGCGGGGAGCUGCGCAUAGGCAAGCAGCCCUACCGACUGCAGAUCCGGCUGGGCGACAAGCGCAGCCACACGCUGGAGUUCCAGAGCUUGGAGGAUCUGAUCAUGGAGAAGAGGAGAAAUGACCAGAUUGGUAGAGCUGCCGUGAUCCAGGAGCUCUCCAGCCACCUGCAGGCUGCAGAGGAGGAGGAAGAAGAGGAGGAAGACCAUCAUCAUCCAGGUGCUCGGACUGCUGUGGAGUAGCAGCCUCAGCACAACCAUGCCACUUAGCCUGGGUGAUGGGGAUUAAGACUGAAGGCUGCGAAAUUGAGCUGUUAUAAGCCCUUUGGGCUGCUUCAGUGCAGCUUCAUUCCAAUCACAUGUGAAAGGAAGGGGGAAAGCUGAUUAAGUGUCUGUGCUUUAGUGCUUAACUCCUUCAGUGCUUGAUAAAAACCACUGACUUAUUUGUAGAGGAUAAAACUCAGGGCAAUUCCACCCCUCUCCACUCCCACCUCUUUCCAUUCCUUUCUGCCUUCUUCAUGUGUAGCCUUUCCCUCAACCAUCUGCAGUAGGCCUGACCCUACAAGAUGCUAAAUGCCUUUGACAUCUACUUAUCAGCAGAAGUUAAGAGUAUUUAAUACUAUUAAGGAGCCAACAACUUUAAGGACAUGGCCAUGUAGCUUUGAGUGCAUGAUUAGAUUGGUAGCUGGGAAGAGUGAGGAUAUUGUUUUCCCUUCUCUUCCACUGUUUCUCUUCAGUUGUGGCUCUUGUUGGUACUGCAACAAGCUGCUUGCUUGCCUGGCUGCCUUGGUAGCCAGCCCCCCCAGAAGGUACAAGUGAGAAAUCUGCACUAAUAUUAAUGAAAUUAGUUUGAUGUGCCUGGUGCCUUCUUAAUUGAUAGAAACUUGCAGAUGGGCUGGGGGUGCUCCUCCUUUGCAAUCAGUGGGUGUCUUUGAGGACAGAAAUGUAUUUGUUGCUGACCAGUCCCAGGGGAGGAGGAAGUUUGCAACCCUGAGUAAGGAGUCUGCGUGUUGGUGUGUGCUGGGACUUACAGGCAGAGCUCUGCUGUUGCUCGUUAUGGGCUUCCUGGCUUCCCCUAAAGCAAAGGGCAGAACUCCUGAUUACAUCUGUGAUACACAAGGCAACAAGAAGCAGGCUGCUCAUGUGCAAGCCUAUGUCUCGAGUAAACUGUCCCUUGAGAGGGUGGCCUCUUGGCAUGGUGCUUCUGGCUGUGAGCAUGUCACAGGUUCUGCACCACAGUAAACACAGCUGUGAUGGGAAAUGAUGGGAGGGAGCACAUGCUGGAAGGCAUUGUAGGCAGGGGGUUUUGGGUGUUCCUUUUUUCCUUCUUUAUAGCAAAGCCAUUUCCUCUUCAUUAGGGAUUUUAUAUUUCCUUUUUUGCUAAUUUUUAUGAUAUGCAGCUGAGCUAUAGCAUUGGAGAAAAGGGGAGGGCAUGCCUCUGAAGUUGUUGCACGAGUCCCUCAUUAAACACGAGGGGAGGGGGAGUGUCCUUCUGCCUGGCUUGAAUAUUCCCUGAACUUGUUUUCAACUGUUGAACUGCUCUCCCACACAGGCAGCACUGUCAGAUCUUUGUCUUGGGAUCUGAAGUGUGUGAGCAAACACUGAUUUGGAGGCAGUUGCAGAUUUCUUUCUCUUAAAGCACAAUAGCGUUGAGGUAAAUUUCAAGAUAAGCUUGAGUUCAUUUAAAUAAUAGAAACUAACAGUGUGAUGUAAACUUGAAGCAUAGUUAAUAUUGUCUUCCUGCAGUUGUUUGCAGUUGUAACAAGUAGCAAAGCACUUUGUGUCCUUUCUGCCCCUGAGACCAGAGCAAAGUUUGUCAUUUAAGAAUAGGUGGAUACCAGCUUUUGGUUAGUUAAGACCAUAUAACGCAGCUUUGCCAAUAUGAUCCAAACAGACUGUGGUAUUUUCUGCCUAAAAUCCACAAGCUAGAAGGCUGUGAAGACUACUUCAUCCUCAUUUCAGGGAGGAGAAAUAACUUUGAGUUAUGCAAAUACACCAUAUGCAGUUUCUUUAAUAACUCCCAUGCCCUUAUUUUGGGUUGUGAGAUACCCAAAUCCAAAGCAGAGUUAAACACCAAGCUCCCUUAGAAUGCUAUAGCUCAGGUGUCUGCACUAAGUCAUUUCUUUUUCUCCAAUAUGCAGUUGAAUUAUACUCAAGUUACUGUGUUUGUCAAGCAGAUGUGCAACUUUGAGAGCAUAACUAUAUAACUGUGAUAGGGUUAAUAUGUGGAUGUCUGCACACAGGUUUUAUACAGCUACUGGUAACUAUUAAAGCUGAAAUGAUCACUGAAAUAGUCCAACAAAGAGUGAAAGAGAGUUUCUCUGUUGUACUCACUGAUAGGAAAGAACUGCGAUUAUUUAGACAAUGAAUAAAUGUGGUUUCUUUCAUUCUGAAACCUUGUACAUAACAAAGUUUAUUUCACUGUGUAAUAUAGGUAUGUAAAAUAAUAUUUUCUUACAGAUAUUUUUGAAAGUUAAAAAAAAAUCCCUUCAUAACCUUGCAUUUCAAAGUAAGUUGUUAUGCACAUUAUUUUCCAGUCCUCUGAAUGGGUUUAUUUUUCAUUAGUGAUCUAAAGUAUAUUCUAGGUCAUAAAAGUAUAGAAAAUGCUAUCAAUGUCAUAUAUUAUGUAUCUACAGGGUACUAAACAGUAAACUAGUUGAGAAAAUAUUUUUCCCUUGUGUCUGAAAUAUCAGAACUAUGACACUUAGCCAUUUCUCUCCUUUUGAGAUACCCUGCAUAGUCUGGCUUUGUUUUUUGGGUUUUUUUGGUGUUUUUUUUUCCACCUUUUGCUUAAUUUUAAAAAAAGGACCAAGUCUGCUUGAGAAUGGAGAGCAAAGCUUCUUUGACCAACUAAAACCAUAUCUUGUGCUGAUCUUGGUGCUUCUCUGUACCGGUCAUGCCUUUUAGGAUAAAUUCCCACACAGGCACAGGGCCUUAGCAAAGAAUCCCAGGGCUUGCACUGCCUUGCUAGGAUGGAGAGAGAAGGGGGGAGCUUGCCUCACAGCAAAGCAGAGUCUGGCAUGCAUUCUGCUGUGCUAGAAACCUAUAUGCUCCUCUGACACCUGGGAUACAGGUGUUCAGGCUGUAAAACAGAUAUUUGGAAUAUUUAAAUUUCUCUGCAAGCUAUGUUUGUGGAUUUAUUCUGUCUCCUGGCAUUCCUUUAUGUGUAAAAGUAGAAGAGGAGGGGAAGCCUGAAAUUUUUUUAUUUAGUCUGGAAGAGGGCUACCUCCAUACAGGGCUUUCGUAUUCCAGCAGAUAAAGGUGCAACUGUUGAAUCUUUUAACAGGUGGGUCCUUUUUCCCUACUUGUUGAUUAGGCAGUGUUAUUUAAUAGGUGCUACUAAACACCACUGCAAACUUUUCUGCGCAGUCUGGUUUUAAAGCCAUGGACCUGUAAUGAGAUGGAUGUGAGAAAAGGAGUUGCUGUAGAAGCACACCACAACUGCUUAGUUUCUUGUCUUUGCUGUACUUUACUCAGUUACUGUCUGCAGACUAGGCUGGGAUUUCCAGAACUUGAUUUUAAAGAAAAAGAUCUCCCAGGAAAACAGACUUUUUUGUGUGUCUACUUCAAGGCUUUUGUAUAGAUCACAAAAGAGAGGGGGAAAGAAUAGAUGAAAGUGUUCUUCUCUGCAUCUUCAACAUAAUGGAAAUUCAGGUGUAAUCCUUCUGUAGGACUUAUGGUUCAGCAAAGGUCCUGAGCCUACACUGAAGUUUGAGGUUGUGAGUAGACUCUACCUUGAGCUGCUUGAAAAUCACUAAGACUAUUCAUGUGCUUGAAGUUAACUGUAUAUUUACAUUUCUUUGUGAAUAAGGGCCUGGAAUUUCAAUCUGAGGUGUCUGGUGGGAGUGUUGACGAUCUGACGUUGCAUAAUCACUGGGAGAGAACAAGUAGUGCUGUGAAAGCUGUUUCUCAAAAGGCCUCUUGUCCAAACAAGGCUUGUGGCAUCCAGCCCAAAUUUUGGCCUCAGUUUCCCCCUGGAAAUCCAGGAGCUGUGCUGAUUUGGCAAGAGAUGUGUGUUACAUAGCACUUGUAAAUUAAGCUGAUGAUUGUGCUGCAGACUGUUCUCUGGUAUCUUUGUCUGUCUUGUCAUGCUUGAACUUUGCCUUGCAUUUUUAAUAUAUGAAGUUAAUAUAGUAUGUUUUAAAAGCCCUUUGAUUGUGCAAACACUUAAUCAUCUAUAUGAAUUUACUCAUUUGGGCAUACCUAGCACCACUGAUAGGAUGGCUGCUGUGAAUAUCGUUAUGUAUGUGUUAAGGCUGGCAAGACUGAGCCCCAGAUCUGUAAAUGCACCUCCAGACAGGAAAUGUAGAUGAGCAGUCUUAUUUCUCUGGAGUAUUGGUGUAUUUGAUGCAGAUAAUGUCUUGCAAAAGGCUUUAUACUAAAACCUACAUCCAUCCCUUGAUUAAUUUAUAAAUAAAAUUUAUACUUUCACCUUCCAUGGCCGUGAACAAGAUCAUAAGCUGAAGACUAUUUCAAGUUAUCCCCAAUUCUGUGUAAAUGCAAAGUAUUGAUUACAGCAACUCUCUAUAGCUCACCUGGCCAACACAGUAGGCAGUUGUGGGGUAGACGGGGAAAAGACCCCAGAACUAAUUCAUAAUCUAUAUUUUCUAGUUGGAAAAAUGUAUUCUUCAGACUGAAGGACCCUAGACUAUGGAAGUAAACUUUCAGUUGUUUUGUAUAAAUGAAAUCCUAGGCAAACUUCUGAAGUUUUGCUCAUUUAAAUUGAAUAUUCCACUCUCAGUACUAAAACAGGUAAUACUAUGUGGUGCAUCUAUUUCAGAUUUUGGAUGCAAUGGUGGUUUUCUUCUCUUCUCUUUUGGUUAAGCUUUUCCAAAGGUCUGUCCUUGGGUGUGUGAAGUGUGUUGUGGAGUGGUUUCACACCUGUGCUUUUCUGACAACAGCACCAACUAUAAUUUUAGCAGCCAUGUAGGAACAAACUUUUUGAAAGCAAAAUUUUAAUUUUAUAUAACAGAUCAGAGACUAGUAACUAAGUAGAGGUAGGAAUGUAUUUUUUUUUUCAACAGCAGUUUCUAUUGGUAAGAAAUCUACUGUUAAUUGAGUAUGUGUUGACUACUCUGAUAAAGCAAUGUGCAGUGAUAAGGCCAGGUGUAUUGUAUAAUGGGCUUAGAUUUUCAGAUUAAAUUUCUUUUAAAAACUGUGAAUACGAAGAAAUGAGAAUGAGUUCAAACACCGGUGGUUUCGAUGGUUCUUUUGCAUUAAUACUGAAUUAAAGCUUUCUUUAAAUGCACACUUGAAAUUCCUGACAUUGUACCACUUCAUGGAAUCAUCCACAAUAACAAAUAUAAUCACAAAAUAUGAUUUUUUCCACCAUGAGCGUUUUCUGUAAGCUGUCUUUUGUCAGUAAAUGCUUAAUUGUUAGUGCAAAUAACUUCUUUUCCUGAGAAAGAAGUACAGAUCAUUGAUUGUACCAUUUCCUUCAAAAUGAAGGGCAUUGCAUAGUAACUAAAAAGAAAUAAAAGAUUUAUAGUAUCUUUUACAA